AGACACACAAACUCAAACAGACAAGCAUUAUCUGGCUGUUACAGCGCUGUGAACGCCAGCUCAUGCAGGAAUCAGGAGUUUCACCUGCAGAAUGAACGAACCUGAGCUGAUGGCCACACAUGUUAAUAUCAUGGCAGUUUUAUAGCACUCCUGAAACGCAAUGCUUGAGGAAAGAGAUGACACACGGUGUCCUGACUGAACUUCUGAAUUACUGACUACAAAACAAAAAUCUCCAAACUUUCCUUCAGAAGCUAACGAUGUUGUUCACUGCCCUGCGCUGGGUGGUACUGGUGGCCUUCAUCGCACUGACCGUUUGUGGAAAUGUUCUCGUUUGUCUAGCAGUGGCCACCAGUCGGCGUCUGCGUCAUAUUAGUAGCUGUUUUAUACUCUCACUGGCUGUGACAGACUUGCUGCUGGGUUUGCUGGUGCUUCCGCUCUCUGCCAUGCUGGAGUUACGCAAUGGGAGAUGGCCCCUCGGGGGUGUUUUUUGCAACAUCUACAUUUCUCUGGAUGUGAUGCUCUGCAGUGCUUCAAUCCUCACCCUACUGGCCAUUAGUGUCGAUCGUUACCUUGCCAUUUCCAACCCUCUCUGCUAUCCCAGGAGGGUCACACCUCGUCGGGUUGGGAUCACUCUGACUGCGAUCUGGACGUGCUCUCUGGCUGUGUCCUUUGUGUCUAUUAACCUAGGCUGGAACACACUUGACUAUAGAGUACAGAACCUGGACUGGGCCAUGUGGGAUGAAGGAGAGGAAGGCAGGACCUGCCGAUAUGAAUGGAAAAAUAAUUACGUCUUGCUGAAAGCCUUUUUAAUCUUCUACCUCCCUCUGCUGGUCAUGUGUGGAAUGUACCAUCGUAUAUUCUGUGUUGCACGUGAACAGGUUCGGCGUAUACGUGCAACCAUUCCUUCAUUUGCGCAGGCUGCAAAAGCAGUUGCCAUUGCACAGGAACACAAAGCCACGGUGACCCUGGCUGCAGUGCUUGGUGCCUUUGUCGUUUGCUGGUUCCCCUAUUUCACCUACUUUGCAUGCAUGGGUAUGUGGGCAGACACCCACCCGGACAAAAUGACCCACUCUGUUGUUCUUUGGCUGGGAUACCUCAACUCUGCUCUGAAUCCUAUUCUUUACCCAGCCUUGAACCGGGAUUUCCGUCGGGCAUGCGGACAGCUGCUCUGCUGCAGACGUAGCCAUCAGGGGGAAUUGCCGUUUGUUCACCCCUUUUAAAUGAACAGGAUCAAAUAUUUUUCUGUAAUGAAAACUCACCUCAACUCAUUUCACACUGCGGUGAAUACAUCAAGUGUAAGAAUGGACACUGAUCAAUGACAAUCAAUACCAAUAUAAGACUCAACAAUAUACGAAUGUAACUUAAAAUUCCAAAAUGUACCAUGGGUCAAAAAUACAUAAUACCUUUUAUUACAUGACUUUUCAUUAACCUAUUGAAUCUGUGGUUAUGCGGAUCUAUGUGAUGUUUGUAAGUAAAAAUCUCUGGAUUCCUGGUUAUGUAUAUUUUUCAUAUAACAAGAGUAAGAAUUUGUAAAUCACAUUACAUUACAUAUAAAAUUUCCUAAAAAAAGGU